CAUAUAAACACGUGUAAUAAGCGAUAACGUGGUGAAUGAACCGAUAAAUGUAAACAACUGUGAUUUAUAAUAAAUAUUUCUAUUUCCAACCAAAAUUAUUGAACGAAAUGUCUUUAAAACUAUUAAAGCGAAGUUUGGAUAUAUUGGAGGAGGAUGCAACAACAGACAAGAAGUCUGCGGUUAAGCCCAAAUCUCUAGCCAAGGAUGGGAGAAUUAACAAGCCCGGUGGAAAUAUGCCAACGGAACAUAAAAAUCUAUCAUUGAAAUUCAAUAACAAGGACAAAAGAAAUAUAGAAGACAUACGCAAGGAGAUUCUGCCUGACCAAAAUAAAACAAAUUUAAACCUUAAACGCUUGCUAGCUUUAUCACAAAAUACGAUUGCUACAAACGAUGCAAAAAAAAUCUUAAAGAGAAAUAACAAAAGCGCGGCCAUCAAGGCACCAAAGAAGCGGAAAGCACUGAAAUCAAUCUUCACAGAGGAAGACUUUUUGGCUUUUGAAAGAGAAUAUUUUCCAACGAAUAGUUAGAGAAUAUUUUCCUGUGAAAUGUCUACCAAAAUUAUUUAUUUAAAUAUAAAUAUAUAUAUAUACAUAUAUAUGUAAAUUAUUGAUCACUAU